CCAAAUAAUUACAAGUAUCAUAUCAUAUAGUAUAAUUAAUUAUGGCAUUGAAAGUUAUAGUGGUUUUGUUCUUUGCAAUGCUUUUAUUUACAAAUGAGAAUAAUGGUGAGAUGAUCAAAAGAGAGGAUGGAGAAUGUUUAUCACUAUGUAUUGCUGGUUGCUUCUUAAACCCUAUUUGCAGCACUAUUAUAUGUCCUGACUAUUGCAGUCAGAGGGACGUUCAAACUCGAAAUAAUCGCAUUUGUAACGUUGGAUGUUCUUUUGGUCAUUGUUACAAAUAUCUCAUCAACAACUAUGAUCAUGAGAAGUUUGGAAGUUGCAUGACAAGUUGCAAUGAGAAUUAUUGUGUUGAUGGCAAUAAUAUUGCUCUACCAAAAGCUUAAGAAUAAGUUAUGACCACAAAGUAUAUUGUGUUAUCUAUGACACUAUGCUAUGUACUAAGCUACUAAUUAAAUAUUUUUGUGGUUGUAAUUUUCUAAAUUAUGUAAUCGUUAUGUGUUUUGAUUGAAUAAAAGUUUAGUGCUUCUUGUUAAUUA